AUGGCGCCAAAGAGCUCUCCCAAGGCUAAAGCCCUCGCUGCCAAGAAGGCUGCUCUCAAGGGUGUUCAAAGCAAGUCUGUUCGUAAGGUUCGCACCUCGACUCACUUCCACUUGCCCAAGACUUUGCGUUUGGCCCGUAAGCCCAAGUAUGCCCGCAAGUCCGUUCCCCACCUUCCUCGCAUGGACCAGUACCGUGUUAUCCAAUAUCCCUUGAACACCGAGACUGCUAUGAAGAAGCUCGAGGAAACCAACACUCUUACUUUCCUUGUCGAUGUCAAGGCCAACAAGAACCAGAUCAAGGAUGCUGUCAAGCGUCUCUAUGAUGUUCAAGCUCUUCAAGUCAACACUCUCAUCCGCCCCGAUGGCAAGAAGAAGGCUUUCGUUCGUCUUACUGCCGAUGCUGAUGCUUUGGAUGUUGCCAACAAGAUUGGUCUUAUCUAA